UCUCUCUCUUUCUUUCUUUUUUUUUCAUUUUUUUUUUACAACUCUCUGCCUAUCCUGUGUCCCUGCUUAUCAGUCCGCGUGCGCAUUAACAGCUCGUGCUGCUGCUGCUGCUGAAGCUGGUGGUGGUGAAGGAAGCUACUGCGUCGCGCGCUUCUCUCCGCUCUCCUGGUCGAGCCCUAAUCCUGUUGCUCCUCGUCGCCCGCGCUCAGCACUUCUUUGACCACCCUCAAUCGGAUUUUAACAGCCUUUUAAAGAAGAAAGGAGAGGAGAAGGAGGAGAGGGAGAGGCGGAAAGCUCCGGGCACAGCCUUAAUUCCUCUGGCACAGGUGCUUUGAGGGCGCUGCGGCACGUUUUUGGCUUCGCAAUGGGGCGAUGUAGCUCCCAAAUGAAGCUCUCCUGCGUUCGUUUAUGUAUCUGUGCGCUGAUCUGUUAAACAUGGGGGAGGGAGGGCUGAGCAUGGAUGAAUGAACCCAGUUAAAACUAAGUGUUUGCGGUCCGUUUGCGUUUUUUGGUCUAGGUUGGAAGCAGCACGAUCUAUACACCUUUUCUUUUCCUUUUUCCCCUCUGUUUUUACAUUUUUGCGCUCGCGCGCGACUGCACGAGGUGCGGACGAGCCUGUGUUGGAUUGUAUUUACCGGGGAUACGUCACAUACGCACACACUCACACACACGCGCGCGCGCUCUCGCAGCAGACUUCGUCCGCAGACUUUGUUGGGCUUUUGAUUCGUUUCUGCUGGUUUGCUUGCUCUGUUUUGCUGUGUGUUUUUUUUUUGGUUUCGGGUGAGCAGGUGCUUCACUCUUCCUCAUCAUGUGUUUCUUGGGAAUUAGCCGCGGGGAGAUGCGUCCCCACCCGGGCAGAGAGGACUACUGAACCGCGUUCCUCCUCACAGCUUCAGCCAACUCUCCCCCUCCAUGGCUCCGGCGUCCAGACUGAGCCGGCGGAAGGACGCGGUGGCCUGGCCGAGGAUGUCCGCAACUUUCUGGGCUGUGCUGCUCCUGAUCACCCUGCUGAUAGUCUACUGCGGUCAGCUGGCAGCAGGGACCUGUGAAAUCGUCACGUUGGACAGAGACAGCAGCCAGCCACGGAGGACCAUCGCCCGGCAGACUGCCCGCUGUGCCUGUAAGAAGGGCCAAAUCGCCGGAACAACGAGAGCCAGGCCGGCUUGUGUGGACGCUCGUAUCGUGAGGACCAAGCAGUGGUGUGAUAUGGUACCGUGUCUGGAGGAUGAAGGCUGUGACCUAUUGGUAAAUCGGUCAGGCUGGACUUGUACGCAGCCCGGGGGUCGGGUCAAAACCACCACGGCUCUAUGACGCGAAUGGAAUCUCCCCGCUCCCAAACCGCAUUCCCACCUAAAACAUGGCGGAGCACAUUGGCGAACCUGACAGACAAAAAUCAGCCCCUGGUCCAGAGCAGACAACACCACAAACAACAACAACUACAACAACAACUACAACAACUACAACAACAACUACAACAACUACAACAACAACUACAACAACUACAACAGCAACAGCAAGAGCAUAUGCCAGUGGGCACUGUCAACCAGGUCUCCUAACAGUGGCAGAAGUUCCAGAGGUGUGGAGAGCCUACAGUGUGGACUCUACGGAAGCCCGUCUGCGGCUCUUUGCUCCCGCCCACCUGCUGUAGAUAUAACUCGCUGUCUGUCAUCAGCUCGACAUCUGCCUCCGACUGCCUGUCUGUAUCUCUGCUUUGUAAAUGGGCAGCGCCCCCUAGUGCCACGGAGGACUUACGUCCACACAGCGCCUCACGCGGAGCACUGAAGAGCCUCUCGGACCGCGGGGUGCGAGGGGACCUACCUUGUUUGGACUUUUACUGGACGUCCGCCUGCACCCUUCUUUUCUUUUUUUUUCUUCUUCGGAUUUUCGUUGAUGUUCGCUGAGGACUCUGCUUUAAGUGCUUUAAGACCUGAGACCUGGAGAACCUAAGGUUCUGCUACAACCUGAGACUGUGAAGACCCCCCCCCCAGUGGAACUGCCCGCUCUGUGAAUAGGCCUUCUUCUGGAGUACAACUUUGGCACUCUCUGAACGAUUUUUACAGACCAAAGAGGAAGAAUUUCAAACAAACAAGCAAACAAACAUAAAAACAAACAAGCAAGUAACAUCUUAACUAAUGGGAGUUCAGAGAGGAUGUAUUAAGUGGGGAAAUUGGCACUGAAAUCGGAACCCGAUUUCCCGAAUUUCCCAUCACUACGCACCAGUGCCCCCUUAUGUAAAAGCACUGGCGUUUAGGCUUCGGAUCUGUGCAAGCAAACCGAGUAAACUGCUCGACAACGGACAACGUAAUCUGAGGAGUACCUUUAAUACUUUGCAGACAUUUUUUUUGUUUUUUGUUUUGGUCUUCUCAGACUGAGCCCACCACUGUAUUUUGAAAAACGGAAAAUAUAGGUACUGUAUACAUAAUGUAUGUGUAUAAAGAAAAUCGGAUUUGCAUUUUUCAGUAGCAACAUUUGGGACAAUUUGCAAUAAGCAUGGUUGGUUACCGUUAAAGAGUACAGCGCUGAUCAUCUUCAGACACAAAAAGCGAAUAUUGAACAAAACGAAACGAAAAAAAAAAAAAAAAACGAGUUACAUACUGUCAUUUCUGAUUGCCAGAGGAGGAAAAAAAAGUCAUUAAAUGUAUUUUGAAAGGCCUACAGUUAUAUAUUUAACAGUUUUAUAUGUUGUAUCUUUGUAGAGAACCUUAUUUAACAUGAAUAACGUGGUGCAAAUGGCAGUGAUAGAAUGUGGAUAAUAAGCUCAGUUUCAUGCUGGUCUGUCCUGCUCUUCUCCUCCACCACCAACAGCACCACUCCUUUUAGACCCAUUGAAAAGAAAAAGAAACAAAACAAACAAAAAAAAAGAAACGAAUCAUGACUCUUCUAUACUAAACAGAUGGAUGGAUGGAUGGGGAGAAAAGGACAGAAGACGGAGCGAGAAAAAAAAAAUAAAGAGAAAAGAGAAAAGAAGCAAGCGAUCGAUCAGUGAGAACUGAACUUUAUAUCCCACUUUAGUAUGCAGAGCCAUGGAAAUCGCUAUUUGCUAUUGUAUUGUAAAGGUGUAGAAAAAAAACCUGAGUCAUUUCUCUAUGGAUUUUAUCUAAUUUAUUUUUGUGCUUGUGUUUGUUUGCACAGUGCUGCCAUCAGAGUGCUGACACAUGCAGAGAGAGUUACGAAAGUCUUAGAAAUCAUUUACAUGAAAUACUUUUUUAUUAUGAAAUAUUUUAAGAAUAAAUUAAAUAUGUGAAAGAAGAAUCCAGUUGCUAAACUAGAAUCUCAGUAUCAUGUUCCAGGUUGCUGGUUGCUGAAAUUUGUUUGCAUUUUUUUUGUCCAGCUUCUACUUUUGCAGGGUGGCCUACUUUCAAUCAACAGGGGUUUUCUCCAGGUCUAAUAGAAUCAUUUAUUUUAACACUCAUUUGUCAAAUUCAGUGUUUCAGGAUGUUUAUAUUAAUAAUAUAUUUGCAAUACUACAGUGCACAGGAGAUUGAGGUUGUGUCUUGUGCCUCCCAUAGUGCCUAAAUGUGCUUUCAUACUUAUAGUUUUUGGGCAGGACCAUCUGAAUUUUCAGUUUGGGCUGAACCAAAACCACAAACAUGGUCUAGACCAUAGGACCAAAAUUUGGGUUGACCAAAAAUAUGGUGUUCUUGGUUUUGGAUCAACUCAGCCAUGGUACCGUAGUGUAAAAACACUCUUUUGGAUGGUUUGGACCAAUUUUGGCAUCAAUUACAAAGUUGAUGCAGACUAUUGUCAUCUGUUUCACAACAGAAAUCGCAAAAAGUACUGCCUCCAGAAGGUCUUCAUUGGUAUGAAGACUUUCUGGCAUUGGUAUUGAUGUACACCUCCAAAAAACUCCAGAAAUACAGUUGUAGACCACUAUUCAA